GGGCGGUUGGCGCAGCCGCUCUUACGCGUCACUUCUCGUUGCCAGGCUGGUGGUAAAGCUGGAAAGGACUCUGGAAAGACCAAGACCAAAGCGGUGUCCCGUUCUCAGCGGGCUGGAUUGCAGUUCCCUGUUGGCCGCAUCCAUAGGCAUCUGAAGUCUAGGACUACCAGCCAUGGACGUGUAGGAGCUACAGCUGCUGUGUAUAGUGCUGCAAUCCUGGAGUACUUGACAGCUGAGGUUCUGGAGCUAGCAGGAAAUGCAUCCAAAGACUUGAAGGUGAAACGUAUCACUCCCCGCCACUUGCAGCUUGCGAUUAGAGGAGAUGAGGAAUUGGAUUCUCUCAUUAAGGCAACAAUUGCUGGUGGUGGUGUAAUACCGCAUAUCCACAAGUCUCUCAUUGGAAAGAAAGGACAACAGAAAACUGUCUAACGGAUACCAGGAUUCCUUGUUAUCUCAGGACUCUUAAGUACUUAAUUGUCCAGUGUUGGUGAUUCCAGUGGACUGUAUCUGUGAAACACAAUUUUGCCUUUUUGUAACUUUGAAAACUGAAGCUCUCUUGAGCUCUCUAACAAACCAAAUUUCUGCAUUGAAGUCUUAACCGUAUUUAAGUGUUACCAUGGCUUCAAAGAAGCUAUUGUAUUUGUAGUGAGUUCUGAUUGAGCUGACUGGUUAUAGAUUGGUUUAAGUAAAGGAAAUGUUUGGUUUUGUACAGACUUUUCAUCCACUAGAGUGGAAAUAUUCAAUAAAUGUUAUGUCAAGACUGA